UCUUCGUCCCUCUCAAUUACCCUUUUUGUAUUUGCAUUUUAGGGAGUACUUCGUAUGGAUAUGUCACUAUGAUCAAUCCUAUUCCUGUUUCAAGAACGGGUGUUUGUUCUAGUCUUAAGGGAAAGUGAAGUAUUCUCUUUCAUUGUAGGUCGGAUUUUUAGUCAUUUUUUAUUUUGUUAUUCCACUCAUUGAAUUUAGUUGUUAAGUAGCAGGACUGGAACUACAAUAGAGUAAUGGCGUCUUCAGAUGAUGAGGCUGAGACCUUACCAGUACCACCUGUCUCAAAUUAUCACUUUGUGGAUCACAAGGAAGAACCUAUUUCAUUCUCUAUUUUGCCGAUUAAAUGGGAUGAAGGGAGAGUGGAGGGCAGUCAAGAACCUGUUUUCCUCCAUGGUACAGUUGAUAAUGGACUUCAAAAGGUUUAUAAACAGGUUACCGCAUGGAGAUUUAAUAUUUCUGGUUCAAAGCCAGAGAUAUCGGUGCUUUCCAAAGAGAAUGUGUGGAUUACACUUCAGAAGCCUAGAAAGAGCUUUGAGGAUACCAUUAGAACCAUCUUGAUCACAGUGCACUGCCUUCAUGCUUUGAAGAGGAAUCCAGAUACAUCUAGCAAAUCUUUGUGGGAUCUAUUAGCUAAAACCUUUAGCUUGUAUGAAGUGAGGCCUUCCCAGAAUGAUUUGGUGGAUCACAUGUCAUUAAUCGGAGAAGCAGUUAAAAGGGAUGAUAUAUUGGCCAAGUCCCAGUUCUUACUUGCAUUCCUUGAAGAGAAGCCUGUUAAGAGAAUGUCAUGUCAUGAGGAUGCUCAACGUAAUAUGCAGCCAAGUUUUAUAGUUGAUGAUUCAGAUGAUGAAGACAUGGUUGAUGAUGCUGUUGAAGAGGAAAGUGAUGAUGAUGCUGUUGAAGAGGAAAGUGAUGAUGAUGUCUUUGAUUCUGUCUGUGCAUUUUGUGAUAAUGGUGGCAACAUUAUAUGCUGUGAUGGGAGGUGCAUGAGGUCCUUUCAUGCAACUGAAGAGGAUGGUGAUUGUUUCUCGCUCGGUCUCUCUAAAGAAGAAGUAGAUGCAAUUGAAACCUUUAUUUGCAAGAAUUGCGAGUACAAACAGCACCAGUGCUAUGCUUGCGGGAAUUUAGGUUCAUCUGAUCAGUCUUCUGGUGCUGAGGUAUGGGGAUCUACAUGUGAAAGGAAACUUCCUAUCAGUGAUACAAGACGAGGGAAGACGAUAGUUUUUCGUGGGAGUAGGGAGAAUGUUGUAUCAAAGAAGGGAUCUAUGCCAGAUGACCUUCAGGGAAAAUCUGCUGCAAAAGUAUCCAAAUCAUUUGAGAGUCUAAAAUGUGAAAUUGGUAACAUUUCAAGAAACUGUUUGAAUCAAAAAGGAGAAUCUGUCCUCAUGGACAUUGAUAAGACGAUCAAAGUGAAAAAAUCCUCCUUAGUUGGCAAGUCUGCCAUACCAACCAAGAGAUUUGAUCCAAGUAAGAUUUACAAGGAGGAUAGAAGUGGGAUGCUCCUAUUAGAUGCCAAUUCGGAGAGGAGGUUAAUGGACAUGAUGAAAAAUGUUGCAUCGUCAAUUACUUUGGAAGACGUAAUUAAGAAGCACAAAGUCCCAUCUACUCAUGCAUAUUCUUUAAAACAUGUAGUGGACAAGACAAUUAAGAUGGGGAAGUUGGAAGGGUCAGUUGUGGCUGUUCGAGCUGCUCUGCGCAAGCUUGAGGAAGGAUGUUGCAUUGAGGAUGCAGAAGCUGUUUGUGAGCCUGAAGUUCUUAACCACAUAUUUAAGUGGAAGAACAAACUCAGAGUAUAUCUUGCACCAUUUCUGUAUGGCAUGCGCUACUCCUCCUUUGGUCGUCAUUUUACAAAAGUUGAGAAACUUGUGGAGAUUGUUGAUAGGCUUCAUUGGUACAUAGAGAAAGGCAAUACAAUCGUGGAUUUCUGCUGCGGUGCAAAUGACUUUAGUGUUCUAAUGAAGAAAAAACUUGAUGAGACGGGUAAACAAUGCUCGUUUAGAAACUUUGACUUUAUUCCACCGAAGAAUGAUUUCAAUUUUGAAAAAAGGGAUUGGAUGACUGUGCAACCGAAGGAAUUUCCUAAAGGAUCUCAAUUGAUCAUGGGGCUAAAUCCUCCAUUCGGAGUUAAGGCUGCUUUGGCAAACAAAUUCGUUGACAAAGCUCUGGAGUUCAACCCAAAGCUUCUUAUUCUUAUUGUUCCUCCUGAAACAGAGAGGUUGGAUGAAAAAAUGACUCCUUAUGACCUGGUUUGGGAGGAUACUGAGUUUUUGUCAGGAAAGUCAUUUUAUCUUCCUGGAUCUGUCGAUGCUAAAGACAAGCAGAUGGAUCAGUGGAAUGUCAGGCCACCAGUGCUCUAUUUAUGGAGCCGUCGUGACUGGACUCAUAAACACACAGCCAUAGCCCAAGAGCAUGGGCAUCUCUGGCUAAGGAAACAAGCGCAUUCAGAAAAAGAGAAGGCUUCUGAUACUUUAAGAGUGAGGCAACUGGAGGAGUCUGAAAAGGGAAAGAGUUCUGAUUUGUUAAGGCACAGGCAACAAGAGGACUCAGGAAUGGGAAAAGGUUCCGAUAAGGGAAAGAAUUCUGAUUUGUCAAGACACAGGCAACAAGAGGGCUCAGGAAUGGUAAAAGUUUCUGAUAAGGAAAAGAGUUCUGAUUUGUCGACGCAUAGGCAACAAGAGGACUCAGGAAUGGGAAAAGGUUCCGAUAUAUCAAUGCCUAAGCAAUUGGAGUCAGAAAAAGGCGUAAGGUCUAAAACUUCAGCUAAUGAUAUUCAUGAAAAAGAAUCUACUAUACUAGCACCAGAUGAACCAGAAGAUUCAAAGAGCGAAUCAUUUGUCUCUGGAGUUCCUAAAAAUGGAUCCACGAAAACAUGGAAGAGAGAUAGUGACAGAGAGAGUCAUGACAAUCGGGAUAUCCAUCCUAAUCUGUCUCCUGAGGCUCCAAGGAAGAAGAGGCAGCGUUUUGAAGAAAUACCUCGAAGAGGUGAUGGUGAGACAUCAGAAGAGAGCAGCAGACGUAAUUGUAAAAGGCCUUUAACUGAGAUUAAACAGAGACCUCCUGCUUCUCCAAAUGUGAGUGAUCAUACAUCCAGUAAGUCAGUUGAGAUGCCUCCAUAUGCUGAUGUGGAUGGGAUUGGACAUCAUCAACAGUCGGGGUCGACUAUGACUGAGCCAAACACCAACCUCGGAGCUCCUUACGAUGCUGCACAGAUCAGCUUAACUGAUGACAUUACUAGAAAGUACAACCUCAAUGCUGAGGAGUCUUACCCACGUGGGAACACUGGAUGGUCAAAUAAUGCAAGUCCCAUGUAUGAUAUUGGUUCUAGACAUGUUGAGGAACGUAUCGUGGAUCAAAUGGGAGGACGUGUUGGUCUUAAUUAUAAACCCUACUCUACCGGUGUUGACACGUAUAUGAGGGACUCUGAAAUACGGUCACAUAUUCGUCAUUACGGGCACCCAGAUACUGACAAUUUAAGAAGUAAUUAUCAAGUUGGACCUGAUCCUAGGUAUAGUAGGAUUGGGGCAAUCCCAGCUAGUUAUGGGCAUCUGGGUACAUUUUCUGAACCAUCCCGUUGGAUGAACACUUCAGCAACACAACGAUAUGUGCCUCGACUCGAUGAGUUAAACCACACUAGAUUGGGAGGAAUGGGUGUUGCACGUCAGAUGAACGGCGGCAGCACUUUCGACCCUAGAGUGCACACAUCCUCUGGUUUCAGGGGCGUGUCACAGGGGUUCGCACCUGGUCCUCAAUACCCGUAUUCGAACCAAAAUUCAGCUGGUUGGCUUAAUGAAUAGUACAAUACACUUAGCUCUUGCUUGGCCGCCUAACUGGGAUUGUAAAGCAUUUUUUGGCGAACCAAACUACAUUACUUGGUGGAUAGGCCGUAGAAUGAUCUUGUAUAUCCAAGUAGAUGGCAAAUUUAACUUUGUAAGUAUGCUAUAUAUCGGUUGUUUCAAGUAAAAGUCUGUUUAUCUCAAAAUCAGCUCAAUUUUCUACCUUUUUGUUCACGUCUAAAUAUAAAACGGAAUAUUAUUCUCGUCCAAGAAAUUUCAAUUUAGUUUCUUUGUGUUGAA